AUGGCAGUAUUUGCUGAUAUUAAUGUUAGAACUGAUAUCAUAGUGGAUUACUAUCAUGACAUCACAAUGAGAGGUUACCAUAGUAACACCAUUGUGAUGUAUUAUGUUAAUGAUUCUCACCUGGCUGAAACGGUGAAUAAAACGAUAGUCAAAAGUAUGGUGAAUGAAAGUCACGUUACAGAGAACUGGCAAGAGGAAAUUGCAAAUAAUACAAAGAGCCAUGAACUCUUCGCUGUAUUAAAUCUUACAGCAUUAAUUAUCGCAAUAUCUGCUUUUGUAAUGGUUGCAUUGCCAGGAGCAGUUGGAUGGUAUCUUUAUUACAAACUAAGGAAGAAGAUGGCAAUUAAUGAUGUAGAAAAAGCAAUGGAGGAUCCACAGCCUGUGAAAUUUACUUCAAAAAUAAGAUUGCGGUUGUCUAAAAACUGCUUUUGUAACAUGUUCAGGCUCCUCUGUAACAGAAUAAAGAAGAGGAAGACUAUCUGUGAUGAAGAAAGUGCAAUAGAUAAAUCACAGACUACGCCUAAACCAUCCAAACCUGAAACUAUUACAAGGAAUGAAGACAAAAAGCAGAAAAAGAAGAAGGAUACUAUGAAUAAAUCUGUGGGGGAGGCAAUUGAAAUGCCAUCUGUACAACAAGAAACAAAUGAGCAAGUACAAACACCUGCACUGCCUAAAGAGAAAAAAUACAAGAAGAAGAAGCAGAAAAAGAAGAAGGAUACUAUUAAUAAAUCUGUGGGGGAGCCAAUUGAAAUGCCAUCUGUAAAACAAGAAACAAAUGAGCAAGUACAAACACCUGCACUGCCUAAAGAGAAAAAAUACAAGAAGAAGAAGCAGAAAAAGAAGAAAGAUACUAUUAAUAAAUCUGUGGGGGAGCCAAUUGAAAUGCCAUCUGUAAAACAAGAAACAAAUGAGCAAGUACAAACACCUGCACUGCCUAAAGAGUAAGCUUACGUCUAAAUAUUACUUUUUGUUUUAUGGUGUUAGAAUUGAUUCUUAGGGGCUGAUUUAAUAAUGCGUAAGACUUUGGCCUCAAGCAAUUCUCAUGUGGUUUCUGAAUUCGAAUGGCUCAGCUUGGUGAUCAUUUUCCCCCCAACAAAAAAAAGCUUGGAUGAUUUUAGGUGCCAAAUUUUCUAUUUUUAAUCAGAUUUUUUGAUAUAUAUAGCCCAUUUGUGGAUAGGUGUUAGGUCAACUUUGUUUUAGAAAAAAAAUAGGAAAAAUUUGAGUCUUAGUAAAUACCUCCCUAGAGUUUUAAAUAAUGAACAAGAAAUAUGAUCAAUAAGUGUAUUUAUUUUUAUAUUACCUACUUGUUAUCUUAAACCUUUAUGACAGAGUUGUCAGUCCUCUUGGAUUUUACAUCUUGCAUUUUUGUUUAAUGUAAAUUAUUUUUAGAUGUGAAUUUCUAAAACUAAAUACAAAGGGCACAUGGAUUGUUAAUAAACCUUAUUCCAAAAAAAACCCCAUCAGACUAACAUAAUAUUUUAAUUUCUUGUGUUUGUUUAGAAAUGUUUGUAUUGUAAUACAACCAGAAGAGCAGUGUAUGGUACCACUAGCAGAUUUAUCUAGAGAACAGGAACAUGUGCCAACAGAAAACGAUUUAUCUAUGAUUCAGGAACAUGUGGCACCAGACAUUGUCUCUGUGUCGCCAAUUAUUCCAGAGUUUCAACAACCUUUUGUGGAAAGGCAGAAAGAAACUCCUGCUUCUAUAACUAGAUAUAAGAGGUAAGAUUUUUAAG